UCCUGUUCAAACAAUUUCAAGUCAUAUGGGUGAUAAGGAUAAGAUUCAAGGUAUUGAUUUUGCUUAUUGGUUAAAGAUUGUUGUUACAAGUAAAGAUUUUGUUGUUGUGAAAAUGGAUGUUGAAGGUACUGAGUUUCAUUUGAUACCUAAGUUGAUUCAAACUGGUGCUAUUUGUUUGAUUGAUGAGCUUUUUCUUGAGUGUCAUUAUAAUAGAUGGCAGAGAUGUUGUUCUGGUCAGAGAAGUUCUAAGUUUCAGAAAAGUUAUUCUGAUUGUUUGGAUUUGUUUACUGAACUUAGAGAUAUUGGUGUUCUUGUUCAUCAAUGGUGGUGAUAAUCCAUAGUGUACAAACUUGUUUGUAUAGGUUUUUUUUAUACUAGGGUUUUAUAUGAUUAAAUUGAUUCUUUUGUAGAUUCUUUUUUAGUCAAUUGUAGAGUUUAAUGAAUGAAAGAUUUUGUUUAUUCUAUUGCAUUUAAAUAAUAGUUAUUGAAACUCAAGCUAUAAAGCGCCGACACAAACAUGAACGCCGAAUGUGACAUAAAUACGGACACUAGAUACAUCUUCAAUAUAAAGUAUCGGUGCUACAUAACUCAAGCGUUUGAAAAGAAGCAUAUUUGGUACUCCAGCAGGCCUCUGAUCCUGCUGCAAGUGCUGAUCUAGCCGUGGUGUUAAUGCAAGAAGGAUUAGCCCAUAUCCUCCUUGUUGGUAGAAGUAUGACUGUUACUCGUUCACGGAUAAAAGCUUCAAUUCCUCGCAAGCAUGGGGCUGCAAUUGCUGGUUUUGAGAAAGCUUUGAAUAAGUUCUUUGAGAAUGUUUUGCAGGAUCAGUUUCAUCGUCACUUAUUUUUGGAGGCAGAAAGAAGACAGCUGCGACCUAUUAUUGAAAACAAAUCACGCAUCAUUCUCGCACACACAAGCUCAUGAUACAAGUAUGGUUGCUUUCUUCAUUGCAUCUUCUCUUCUCCUCUCUAUUCCUAUGUUUAUAUGAGUUUAAGAAAGCCUUGUUAGGUAACUAGCCUUAAGUAACAUGAAAAUUAUAGUUGAUUAUAUGAAAACCUUGUGACUUUUUAUUGUUGUAAGUUGUAACCCAUAAUUUUCCAGUAUUUUAACACUUGAUUCUACUCAAGUUGUACCGUUCCUUUUAG